GCUUUCUUACAGUCAAUUAAUCAUGUGUGUUUAGAUGUAAAGCAGCCUGUAAGUAUAUCUCUCUGUUUAGCACAAGAACCAUUCAAAUUGAUUUGAUAUUUCCAUAAUCUGAAGAAGAAAAUAGAUCUUCCGAUUUCAACUUGAAAUUUAGUUUUUUGACGAAUCAAAAUGGAAGUCGUGCCGUAUACUGAUCCGAAAGACAACUCAAACUCACCGCCAUGGCAAGAAAUGUUCAGAUCAGCUUCAACCCACAAACCACCGCCAUCGUCACCACCACCACCACCUCCCCCGGAGCCACCGCAACCCACAACCAACAGAGACGAGAAGGAAGAGGAUUCUUCUUCACUCUCAGGUGACCCUCAGGUGCGUCUUGCACUAUACAUAGCCAUGGCUCACGCCGGUUUCGGUUUUGCUUUCUUUAUCUUCUACGGCGUUUAUAGACUGCUCGAACAAUAUCUCCGGCCGAUGCUCUGGGCUAUUCUUUGUUCCAUUCCCCUUAGAGGAAUCCAACAAACCCUAGUUUCAUUUUGGUCUGAGCCGUUGCAAUUAGGGCUCACAGAAACCAUACUCGCCAUACCUGUAUCUGUGUUCAGGGUCUUUAUAGGUGCCUUAGUUGAAUUCAGAGAUAUCUUUUAUAAAGUAAUUCGUCGUAAACCGAAGAAACAGCAUCCUAUGAAACGAAAACGAAGUGGGUUUUCGAUUGUGUUAAGAUGGUUGUUAUCUUUUUGGGUUUUUGUAAUGGUGUACGAAGAAUUGGGUGGUUUGGGUGCUAUUACUCUAUUAGGGAUUGGGUUCAUGUUCACUUCUAGCAAUGUCGACUCCACCAUGUCAUAUGUUUCCUCUUUCCGGAAUCAUAGUUUUAAGCGUAGCCCUUAUUCCGCGAUCUUUACAAAACCGAUCCUAAACAGAUUGAAAACAUUAGUUGCAAUUGGAUUGAUUGUUGGAAUGAUUGUGGGUUCUUUAACGAUGGUUACCUUCUUUUCAUAUAAAGUUGGAAUCGAAGGAAAAGACGCUGUUUUUUCGAUUAAAUCUCAUAUUGAAGAAAGCAAUUACGCGGAAAAGAUUGGAUUGAAGAAAUGGAUAAACGAAAACGAUGUUCCUGGAAUGGUGGAUCGAUACACAAAGCAGUUAUAUGAAACUGUUUAUGAACAGAUUGAUAGUUUAGCAAUGCAAUAUAACAUGACAGAAAUCGUUGAAGAAAUGAAACAAAUACUUUCCCCGAGGCUUACAAACAUGACAGCAAGAACAACCGCAUUAACAACACCGAAUCCGUACGCCGAAAAAAUAAUAAGUUUAAGAAAGCGGAUUACUAAUCGCGAAUGGGCUGAGAUUUACCCGGAACUUAACGACUUGUUGAAAGAAGUUGUAAUCAGUAGAAAUGAUAUAACCGAAAAGGCGAAAGCAAUCGCGUUUCAGGGAAAAGACGUGGUUGUUCGUGUUUUCGCGAGCAGUAAAUCGAUUUUGGGUGGUAGCGGGAGGUUUUUCUUUGUGGUGGUGGAAUCGAUUGUGUCUGGGGCGGCUGAGCUUUUGAAUUUUGUUUCUCAAAUGAUGGUUUUUAUAUGGGUUUUGUAUUCACUUAUAACCUCUGAUUCGGGUGGUGUGACUGAUCAGGUUAUGAGUAUGAUCCCGGUGUCAAAGUCAGCCAGGACAAGGUGCGUUGAGGUCCUUGAUCAAGCCAUUUCUGGGGUUCUUUUGGCGACUGCUGAGAUAGCUUUCUUUCAAGGCUGUUUGACUUGGCUUUUGUUUAGGCUGUUUGAUAUUCAUUUCUUGUAUAUGUCGACGUUUCUUGCGUUUAUCAGCCCAUUUUUCCCGAUUGUUCCGUAUUUUAUCUCAACUGUUCCUGCUGCGUUGCAAUUGGCACUCGAAGGUCGAUACGUGUUUGCUAUUUGUAUUUCCAUCAUUCAUGUGGUGCUUGUUGAAUAUGGUGCCAGUGAAAUCCAAGAGGACAUACCUGGUCACAGUGCUUAUCUCACCGGGUUAAGCAUCAUUGGUGGAGUCGCAUUGUUCCCAUCUGCAGUCGAGGGAGCAAUAAUGGGACCACUGAUAACGACAGUUGUAAUAGCUCUCAAGAAUCUGUAUGUAGAGUUUGUUUUGGACGAUCCAAGUAAAGAAGAAAAACACUGAACUGCCUUCUUUUAUUUUUAUAUUACUUUAUUGCCUAUUGGUUGGUUGUAAUUGUAUGGAUUUAUGACACCCUCCCCUUUUUUGUUUAUUCUUUCAAGAUUUUGUACCAUUGUAUUGUAUGUAUAUGCCUGUGUGUUUAUGUUUGUGAGUUAGUCUGUAAUUACAGAUCUGUAAA